CUGCAGUUCUGUGUCAUCGAAGGAUGUCGUCGAGAUUUCCGCGCGCCGCUCAUGCGUUCAAGUCCACGUUUCCGUGGCUGUAUAUGGUAACGCCCAGCAUCGCAUCAACCGACGUGCUGGUGGAUACGGUGGAGAAGGCCCUUCGUGGGGGUGUAAACAUUGUACAGUUGCGCAAUAAGAUCUUCGCGGCGGACUCCCCAGAGCUCAGAGCGAUGGCGGUGGCAUUGAGGGAGUUGACACACUCGCACAACGUCCCGUUGAUAAUCAACGACCAUGUCGAACUUGCUCUGGAAAUUGGAGCUGACGGUGUGCACAUUGGUCAAGAAGACACGGCCGUGGAAGACGCUCAGGCUUUGGUGGGAUCGACACCGUCGUUUCUGGUUGGGGUCACGGUACGCGAUGCAAUCCAGGCCCAAGCUGCAUGCAAAGCGGGUGCUGACUAUUUGGGCGUUGGGCCAGUGUAUGCGUCGAGCACCAAGCAAAAUGCAAACAAUGGCCAGGUCAUUGGCCUGGACGGACUUGCUUCGACAGUCGAGAUGGCGCGGCAGUUCAACGUUCCUGUGGUUGCGAUCGGGGGCAUCAAUAUGGACCGUGUCGAGGCUUGCAUGGCGACCAAGGCUACCGGUGUCGCUGUGGUGGCGGCACUGAGCAGCGCCAGCGACGUCCGUGGCGCGGCAGUAGACCUUGCAGCAAGUGUGCGUCGUCACCACAAGGGUUGAAACGCUGUCGAAGGAAAUCUUUCAAACAAGUCUAAACUCGACAUUUUACGAUGGUUUGAUGCUUGGACACGGAUCGAAAUCGCAUCCGAGGUCGACUCGACGCCGCUGGAACUUCUUGGUUGCGGCGCAAUACCUUGCUUCCGUCGAGCACGCCGCGGCGGGGGGGCAUGGGCUGAAGGUACAGUUCAACGCGGCG